ACAGUAGAGCAAUUUGAGCCGCCGCUGUUUCUCAAAAACCGUUGCCCCGGACAAACGUGUCGUUCCGUUCCGUUCCGCAGUCUCUCAAGCUUCGAUGUGCGCGUGAAGGGGGGGUCGCGAACCACAGUUAUUUGUUAGUUAGUCUCGAGUGCUUGGCCAGAUCUCAGACCAGAGAUUCCACCAUUCAAUCCAUCCAUCCAUAGAUUCGGUCCAGGUUUAGUCAGGGAGCGUCUUCUGGGGGAGUCGAUAAUCGGUAUUUAUCGUUUUUUGCUCGGUUUUCCCCCACAUUCCGUACCGUGUUGUUGUUGGUGUAUUUGUGGAGUGUUUUCUUGGAAUCCAACGCCUUUAUGAGUGCACAGAAAUUUAUUUAAGAAACGUUUGCAAAAAAAAUAUCCACUCAAAAAAGCGACAAAAAUACAAGUUAUAUAAGGCCGAAACCGGAUUUAUCAUUCAAUACGACUGUGCGGCAUAUAUUAUACGAAUCGACUGUGUUACGAGUAUAAAUAUAUAUAUGUACAUAUGUGCAUAUGUGAGCAAAACAAAAACUGAACAACAGAACUCUUGGAUAUACAACAAUAACCCAGUCUCCGAUCCAACCUCAACCACAACCCAUAUAUACGUAAAUGAUCGUCCAUCAAUUUAAUUGAAUCAAUAAUCGAACUAAUCAAAAAGCAUAACGCAAAUUCAAUGAACAAACUCAAACGAUCCAAUAAAUAAAUCAAUAAAUAUAAACGAAUCCAACAAAAAGAACAAACGAAAAGUACUCUGCCAUCUGGCAACGCUUUCUGCUCUCGAACGGAAGCUCGUAACGGUUAUUCCACAGAAUUUACUCACGCCUCGAGAUCCGAGUCCCGAGACCUUGGUGUGUGUGAGUGUGCGAGUGUGAAGGAUAUACGCUUAAAGGAAAGACCGAAAGAGACAGCAGGCAAAAGCCAUGGGAAACUCAUCGUCACACACGCACGAACCACUGGAGCGCGGCUUCACACGCGGAAAAUUCGGUGAUGUUAAAAAUGGGAAAUCCGCCUCCUUUCGGUUUAGUAAAAAAUCCCCAAAGAAAAUGGAUCGUCUGCGUCGCUCUUUUCGCGACUCGUUUCGUCGGCGCAAGGAUCGCGUCCCCGAAUCCUCGAAGCCGCAUCAGUGGCAGGCCGACGAGGAGGCUGUCCGAUCGGCCACCUGCUCCUUCUCGGUGAAAUAUCUCGGUUGUGUGGAGGUCUUCGAGUCGCGCGGCAUGCAGGUCUGCGAGGAGGCCCUAAAGGUGUUGAGGCAAUCUCGCCGUCGUCCUGUCCGUGGACUCCUUCAUGUCAGUGGCGAUGGCCUGCGUGUGGUGGAUGACGAGACCAAGGGCCUGAUUGUGGACCAGACCAUCGAGAAGGUCAGCUUCUGUGCCCCAGAUCGCAAUCACGAGCGCGGCUUCAGUUACAUCUGUCGUGAUGGAACCACGCGACGGUGGAUGUGUCACGGGUUCCUUGCGUGCAAGGACUCCGGAGAGCGUCUCUCGCAUGCGGUGGGCUGCGCCUUUGCCGUGUGCCUGGAGCGGAAGCAGCGCAGGGACAAGGAGUGCGGCGUCACGAUGACCUUCGACACGAAGAACUCGACGUUCACGAGGACUGGCUCCUUCCGGCAGCAGACGCUGACCGAGCGCCUGGCCAUGGCCACUGUGGGGACCAACGAGAGGAGCGUGGACGGGCCGAUGUCCGCUCCGGUGAUGGGGCCGCCAGCAGCCACCGUCAAGCCGUUCAAUCCGUUCGCCAUCGAGCGACCCCAUGCCACGCCCAACAUGCUGGAGCGUCAGGGAUCCUUCCGCUUGAGCACCAUCGGCAGCCAGUCGCCGUUCAAGCGCCAGAUGUCGCUGCGCGUCAACGAUCUUCCGUCCAACGCCGAUCGCCAGAAGGCCUUCCUGGCCGCCGCUGCCGGCAAUCCGUCGUUGCACACGCCCCUCCGCAGUGUCUCCCCCAUUGCCGAGGUCUCGCCGGCGAAGUCCGCCGGAGAUUCCGUGAGUCAGCUGUGCCAGGAGCUCAGCCAGGGUCUCUCGCUGCUGACCCAAACGGACGCCAUGCUGGCCGCCGCGGCCGGGGACGACCUGAACUUCAACAACAACCGCAGCGUCAACCAGAACAUCAUUGCGGCCGAGAAGCACGAGCAGGUCCGAGAAAUCUCAUACAGUGCCGCUCCCACGGCGCAGGUGACGCCCCGCGUGGUAAGCACCACGCCCACUUAUCAGUCGCUCUCCUCGCAGUCGCCCACGCGAUCGGAGCAGAGUGCGGACCCGGCUGCUGCUGCCGCGGAGCUGCCCAACGCCGAUCAAUGGCUGGGACAGGUGGUGCGUAGUACAUCGCCAGCGGCACCGGCAGCACCACCCAAGAGGCCCACCUACCUGGCCAAUGUCGGACGCGCUCAGACGCUGGCCGCUGGAGGUGGAGGAGGCGGAGGCGGACCCGAGGAUCCCUUCGAUGCUGAGUGGGCGGCCAAUGUGGCGGCGGCCAAGAAACUUUCGCCGGAUAUGCCAGUGGCUGGUGGGACUUCACGCUCGCCAAUGCAUACCAGGCACAGCACCAAUCCGUUCAUCUCUCCGCCCAAGGCGCCGGCGCAGACAUUCCAGGUGCAGCUGUAGAGGGGGAUCAGAGGAUCAGAGGAUCACAGGAUCGCAGGAUCACAGGAUCACGAGGGGGUCAAAGUGUGGUUCACUUGAAAAAAACACAGAGGGGAGUAGUGGAGGAGCAGAGCAGUCGGCCAAGCACACGGGAUAAAGGAUGCAGGAUGGAUGGAUGGUUAUCACAGAAGAUACGCAGAUACUUAACGCAGACAUAACCAAUGUUGAAAUAUAGAAAGAUACGCAUACAAGAAUCCAUUCCCCACUUAAACUGCUUAUAGACUAAAAGAUACGUUAGAGAGAGAGAUAGAGAGAGAGAGAGAGAGAGAGAGAGAGAGAGAGAGAGAGAGAGAGAGAGCGAGCGAGAUCUGUAGAUCUAUCUAUAAGCCCCACUCUUAGCACUAACUUUAGGUCUUGUUCUUUAGGCCAGAACCCAACCAACAAUUGACCAAGCUACCAAGUUACCCACAAAACGAAAGAGAAGAAUAAGGACCAGCACUAAGCAGCAGCACUCAAUCCUUUUACACUCUCCUACAGAAUCUGUAUUAUACUUUGGUAAUAUCCCUUCCAAUCAAUCCCACUCUAAGCAUAAUAUAUAUAUAUAAAGCUAUAUCUGCUAUAUAGGAAACACUCGUCUUAUUAUUAUUAUUUUAAUGAAUUUGUCACGUGUGUGCGGAAUUUCACAUUGUUUUAUAAUUUAGCCUAAUUUUUAAAUCUGUACAAAAUGUAUUAUACUUAAAUUAUAAAUAUAAUUUAACGAACAAACGUAAAAAAAAACAAAACGAGAAAAACUUCAAGUUAUUUAAACGGAUACAAAAUAAAUCAAGCAGCUAAACAAAAUUCUACUAAUGAAAAUACUAUGAUAAAUAAAUAAAUAUGCAAAAAUAUAUAUAAACAAAAAUAUACAAUAAUUUUAGAAGAUACAUAUGUAUGUAUAUGUAAAAGACAAAGCGAAAAAAUACAUUCGAUUUGUGUGCGUGUGUGCUUCAUGUGAAAUGUGAUUUUUGUGUUUUAAUAUUACUCUUAUUUCGACGAAGUAAUUCCAUUAAAAUCGUAUAAUGAAAUGCACCAAAAUGUUACUAAAUGUUGGAUAUAACUAUCCUCGAAAACUAGUUCAAGCCUUAGAUAGACUCAUCAUCCAUACAACAAAUUUAGAGGGAAUCCAAGAGCUCCAUUAUCAGAAACGAUCCAUCGACCCCUGGAGUGUAUCGUUCCUAUAUAGAUAUAUCAGUGGAGAUGGAGAUAGAGAUCUAUUGUAUCUGUACAUAGUAUUAAAUCAAAGAUUCGAAUCGAAACAACUAUUUACAUUUUCAUUUCAUUUGCCUUGCAAAAAAUGUCACCGCGGCUUCUUUUGAAUAUGGUUUCCAUUGUUUCAUCAUUUCGACACAGAACUUUUCUAUAUAUAUUUACACUGUUUAAGGGCACCGUUUGAAGACUUUAAUCGAAAGAAAAUCUAUCUAAAAAUUGACAAAAAUGUCUCUUUAAAUUAAGCAAAAAUCAAGAAGGCUCCAAAGUGGAAUAAAAAUUGAACAUUUUACAAUGAAAGACCCCCCAAAAAAAACCUAUUAAAUACAUGAAUACAUAUACAAUAUUAUCUCAUACGAGUACGAGUAUAUAGGAAAUGCAUAUCGUUUCGUUUGACGUUUAGUGAAAAUUGACAAUGCACACAUACGCAUAAAAUACCUAACUAACAAAUAAAAACCAAAUUAUUAUCAAAUGGCACAUAGUAUCUGAGAUAUUGUGUUUAUGUUUAUCCGUUUUGUACGACAAUUGUAUCGAACAAGAGAGUAUUGAAAUACAGGACACGAAAUCGUUAUUGCA